AUGACGAAUCCCGCGACCUGCAGAGACGCCUCUCGAUUACUAGACGAGGCCAUCGCUACGCUGAAACGUGCUCGUGUGGAUGCAACCGCCUCCCACGCAACUGCCCGCCAUCGGUUUCUGGAUGACGCGGAGAAGGUGGCUCUUCGCAACGAGCUGCUGGCAUGGUACGACGCCGAGCAGCGCAUCAUGCCUUGGCGCCUUCCAUCGGGAGCAAACAUGUCUGUCCCGGACGUUCUUAGGGACUUGGCGAGAAAGUACAAGUACCGCAGAAACAGGAUUUGGCGCAGCGUGCCUACGAAGGUAGGUUUGAACACGUACCUGCCAGCGCGAGCAAUUAACGGAGUUGCAAAACUAGUUUGGGUGUCUGAGAUUAUGUUGCAACAAACCCAAGUGGCAACCGUGAUCCCGUUCUACAAGAGAUGGAUGGCACAGUGGCCUACGAUAUUCAUGUUGGCUGAAGCCGAUGGAGAGGACGUGCACAAUGCAUGGGCCGGACUAGGUUACUAUUCACGAGCUCGCCGGCUUCAUGAAGGAGCGCAGCUGGUCGUGAAGAAGUUCAACGGACGAUUACCUUCCGACCCGACCGCAAUGGAGAAGGAGGUCCCCGGGAUAGGCCCUUACACGGCAGGCGCCGUGGCAUCGAUUGCCUACAAUGUUUCUGCGCCUCUGGUGGAUGGGAAUGUUGUGCGCGUGCUAUCCCGUUUGCGGGCGCUUGCCGCGGAUCCCAAAUUGAAGGAAUCGAUAACUACGCAUUGGUCACUAGCAAAAAACGUACUAGAUGUGGACCGGCCAGGACAUUUCAAUCAAGCGUUGAUGGAUCUGGGCGCAACCAUAUGCACGCCACAGAACCCUGAAUGUGGACGAUGCCCGAUCAAAGCAUUCUGUCAUGCGCAUGCAGAGGUAGGGAGGAUCGUGAACAACUCCCAGAAAUUCCGCUCACUGGCUGGGUUCGCGACGUCCACCCUUUCCCAGACGAAAGCGAUCAAGAUUUUGGCACAGGAGAAGUUCGGCAAGGCGAAGGGACAAGAUCCGCCAACCGUGGAGAUGGAAGACAUUUGUCAUGCAUGCCCACCGCUGACCGAUAUCGAGGAUGCAGGGGUGACCCGGUACCCCGCAAAAGCUGUAAAGAAGGCCGCACGGAUCGAAGCAUGUGCCGUUUGUAUCCUUGAACACGUUCCGGAACAGGGGCCGUCUCGGUAUUUGUUGAUGCGGGGGCCAAAGAAAGGCCUUCUUGCGAACCUUUGGGACUUUCCGAUGGUGAUCCUUGAAAGCCCCGACGUGGAAGAAUCGCAAGUGUCACCAAGUUUCCAGAUUCGUCAAGCGUCAAUCGAUGAUUGGCUGCUUAGCAAUGCAGGGCUCGACCUGUUGCCCGGUGACGGACUCAAAAGCGAAGAAAAGGAUGACCUUGAGGGGUCCACCCGCAUUCAGUCGCGGAAGGAUCUUGGGUCUGCGGUUCAUUUGUUUUCACAUAUCCGACGAAGCAUGCAUGUCGAGCAUAUUGUCGUCACGGGGCCGCUACCCGCAGUAUCGACAGCGCUGCCCCCGGUUGUAGGAGGAGCGAAACGGAAGAGCACAGCAGGAAAGAAGGCGGCUGCGGUCAAGGGGAAGAAGUUGAAAGGGAAAGAUGUGGGGAAAGGGAAGAAGAAGACAGUAGUUGAUGACAAUGACGAGUUUGCUGCGGAUCUGCCCGAUGCGGGUGAGGACGAGCCGCGAGAGUUGCGCUGGGUUACUAAGGAGGAGAUGCUGGGGACGCAAGGCACGCGCACCGCGAAGAAUGCCGCUACGGUUCCUGUUCCAGCAACUUUGAAACGCGCGUUUGGUCUGCUGAGUGCGGAAGGAUCAGGCGCCGUCCCAAAAACACGCAAGCGGGCGGCCGCUGACCCUGGCGCUGCGAAAGUGUCGGGAUCCGCUGGUGGAGGGCGUGCAGCGAAGAAGAUCAAGCGGCGGCGGCCUGGGGAUGAGUCUGAAACGGAAGAGAGCAGUGCGAGUGAUACUGGCGAGGACGAUAGUAGGGAGGAAGUUGAAGAGGUAAACAGCCUUCCACAACUGCUACCCAAAUGCUCACUGCUCAUCCCAUCCACAGAAGGCCUUGCCACCCGCAAGGGAAGGAAUCCGCCGCAGUACUCGCAUCUCGACUUCCAAGGUAUCUGUGUCUACGACAACGACGCCAUCGUCUGGCAGACAGAAGCAGAUGCAGCAGACGUCAGUCGCGUCGUAUUUCACCCGGACGGCGUAACAAUGAGUGUAGCCAAGAGUCGAUAUGAAUUUAAUGUUUGCUAUGUAAGCAAACUGCAGUGGACCUGUCAGUCGCUCCCAAGGCGAGCGGCAGGCAUCACGCGUCAGGACAUAUUAUAA